AUGGCUUCCACGAACGACAUUCGCGAUAUCAUGAAUCUGGGCCAGGCAGGGCCCCGUCAGCCUGCGCCCAAGAAGAAAAAACAUGUUGAUCCUCACUCGCGCGUCACCGGUGUAAAGCGAGAAGUACAAGCUCUCAUGGGCGAUUCGGUCCCUCCCAUCGCCAUCGUCGAACAACGCUCCUACAAAUCGAGACCGUCCAUCUCCCAGAAAUUGUUCAAGCCGCGUCACUGGGAGGAGAGACCAUUUGUGCAUGGUGGGAGGACUGACGGAUUGGUGCUGAGACACUGGAAACGGUCCAUCCCCGGCUCGAACGCCCGCACGCCAGUUGUUACGAAUGGCUCGGCGGAUGUAGAAAUGACAGAUGAAUCAAAGGCAUCCCCCGCUGCGCAAGAAUUACAGUUUGAAGAAGAGUACCCGUCAAACAAGUGGAACGUCAAGGUCCAGAUACCCGCCUACACGGAUGAGCAGUAUGAGAACAUGCUAAAGUCAGAGGACUGGACGCGGCAGGAGACCGAUUAUCUCAUGGACCUGUGCCGGGACUACGACUUGAGAUGGAUUGUUAUCGGCGAUAGAUACAACCCACAUGAUAUUCAAGCUCCCCAACCGCCGGUUCAAGAUGGAGAGGCUAAUGCAAGUGGCAGCGAACUUGUGGUGAAACCUCAUUUUCCCCAGCGUUCUAUGGAAGCCCUCAAGCAACGAUACUAUGCCAUUGCCGCAAAGCUUAUGGAAGCGCAAACUCCAGCAAGCACAAUGACUCAGGCUGAAUUUCAACUCUGGGAGAAGAUGCGCAAUUUUGAUGCAAAGACUGAAACAAUGAGGAAAGCGAUGGCGGAGAAACUAUUCGAACGCACCAAAGACGAAGCCGAUGAGGAGCGAAUUCUUCUCGAAGAACUCCACCGAAUCACUAAGAACGAGGACGACUUCAUCAAAAUGAGACGGGAUCUGUAUGCGAGACUCGAACCUGUGGCGCCUAUUAGAAGAACCGAAAGGGGAGAGGAACAGUCUACCGCCAUGUAUCAAACUUCCGGAGGACUUUCUAUGUUACUGCAGAGCCUUCUCGCCAAAGAGAAGAGGCUGAAGCGGCCGCCAGUUCCUGGCAGCAGUGAGACGGGCGCCGCUUCCACUCCCACCGAAUCGCAGAGAUACGAGAAGGGCAGACAUCCACCUCAAUACAACCGACGAGACACAGUCGACACGCAGGCUACCGAUGAUGCGCCCAGCGCACAAAAGAAAGGCUCAACGUCUCAGCCCAGUGUUCGAACCUUGUCGCCUCAAGAGGAGGCACGGUUCGGUGUCUCGCAUCCACAGGAAAGGAUCACAAGCGGCGUGCAGUUCCGCCAUGAGAAGAUCAAUCGCCUCACUAUGGCCAAGAGCCAGACUCAAACAACCAAGAUUCAGGCUGCUUUGACAGAAUUAGGAAUUCCACCUCGAUUGCUUAUGCCCACGGAACGAGUAUGCCGAGAGUUCGAGCGGUUGGUCACCGAGAUCAAUAUGCUGCUAGACUGUAGGAAAGUGAACGAGAAGAUUGCGACCGAGAUCAAGAUUUUGGAGGAGGCCAGGCGGAUUAGGUUGGGAUUGCCAAAAGACGCCGGGCCCGUUGCUCCUUCGGACCCUGUCCAGCCUUCUUUUCCUACGACCGCAGAUGCAAUGGAGGUCGACGAUUCUCAAGUGGCAAACGAUUCAAAGAUUGAAGCCACGAAUGACGGCUCCGUCGCCGUGGUUGAGGAGGACCAGGACGCUGAAGCCGAGGACGAUGUCCCAGCGCAAAAGGCUGAUGAGAAGGGUUCUGGCGCGGGAGAUGUGAAGGACGAGAACGCUGUACCAGCAAGCAAACAAGCAGAUGAAGCAGAAGCAAACGCAGACGCGGCGGCGGAACAGGACACAGCCCAAGAUAACACUUCGAAACAAGUCGAAGAUCAAGAAGAAGAGAGCGAUGAAGCUAAAACAGGUGAAGAUAACGACGACGAGGACGAGGAGCAGAAUGAAGAAGGUGUUACGGGUGUCGACGAAGAGGAUGAGGAAGAUGACGACGAUGCCGAAGAAGGUGGAGAGGAUGGUCAAGCUGAUAUUGAUGAAGACGAAGAGGAUGAAGAUGGCGAGGUUACUGGGACACCGCAGAAUGAGAGCGAUGCGGACGAGGAUGGGGAUGAGGAUGAGGAUGAAGAGCCAGAUGUGGAGGCAGAGUCUGACGAGGAAGCAAACGACGACGAGGGCGAUGCGGACUCGGACAAUGAAGCCGAAAUUGACAAUCAAGACGAAGAAGACAAGGACGAGGAAGAAGACGAAGACGAAGACGAUGAUGGGCCCGCCGCAGCAGGGGCCGACGACUCGGAUGAUGAUGAUGACGAUGCUGAGGAGGAGCAGGAAGAGCAGCAACCAGACGAAGAACCUGCAGCUCUCAGUGUUCCGGCACGCGCCCACAAGCGCUCUGCCAGCGUCAUAUCUGCCGCGAGUCGCGCAGGAAGCAAUCGAAGUGGGAUUGGGAGGAAGAAGAGACGGUGA